AUGAUGAAACUUUCAUAUUUAUUAGCUUUAUUAAUAGUAUUGAUUGCCAUUGUCAAUCAAAACGGUGUCAAUGGAGCAUAUAGACCAAAACCUGAUGGUCCACGUCCCAAUACAAGUCCAUGUUGUAAUGCAGUAUACAAUCCAACUACCCGUAAAACCUAUUGUAAUGGUCCAGUCAAAAAAACCAAUAUGUUGAGAGAAGCAAGAUGUAUUGAAGAUAAAUACUUUACCAAUGUAACAGGUGUAUAUGAAUGUGAAAUUGGUUGUAGUACCUUAUGGUUUACUAAUUAA